CAACUUCAUAUAUCAGAAGAGAAUACAUCAUGUAGAAUAGACGUUUCUUCAGACUUGUAGUAUUCUACAAGAGACUCUAGACUUGUAGUCAAUCAUCUUGAAGCAAACAAGAAGAUGAAGCAAAAGAUCUUGUUUAGAGUGACUAUGACUGAUGACAAGACCCGAGCAAAAGCUAUGACCAAAGCAGUUCAGUUUAAAGGUAAGAAGACCUUCUCUCACUCAAAAGUAGAUGUUCGAUCUAACGCUAUGGGUUUAUAUAUAGGUGUGUCAGCGGUGGAGAUAAAAGGCGAUCACAGGAACCAGAUAGAGGUGACCGGUACUGAAGUUGAUAUGAUCGGCCUCACCAAAAGGCUGAGAAAGAAGGUAGCCUUUGCAGAGCUUGUAAGCGUAAGCAAAGUCGAACCUCCAAAGAAACCAGAUGAGAAGAAGGACGGUGACAAAAAGGACGGUGACAAAAAAGACGGUGACAAAAAAGAUGGUGAUAAGAAAGAUGGCGAUAAAAAGGAUGGCGAUAAGAAAGAUGGAGACAAGAAGAAGGAAGAGGAGAAGAAGCCCGUGCCAUGUUGUAAACCAUGCCCGCCGCCAUGUAAACCAUGCCCGCCGCCAUCUAAUCCAUGUCCUCCUCCUCCUCCCUGUUAUCCAUCUCCUCAAGGAUACGGUGUACCGUCCGCCUUUCCCUACCCGUGCAACCCCAACAGUUACAUAGGGGAACCAGUUUAUAAUCAGGAACCCGGUUGCACGAUCCUGUGAAAUGGGAGGAAAUAUUAAUGGAGAAAGAGAUCACAGCUUGUGUGACCAAAUAUGAAAAAAAAAACUAAAGAAUCAAAUAUGUUUAGUCACAUGAAUAAAACUCAAAAAGCGAAAUCAACUUGUGCUAUA